UGCUGAGCCACUCCAGUGAGUCCAGUACGGGGGCUUGACGUAAGAACUGGGAGGGGCGGGGCUUGUGCUUCGUGUUGAGUCUCCAGUGGAUCAUCGACAGAGCCGGUCUGUGUCUUUCAUUCAUCACCGGAACUGUGCAGUUCGUGCAUCAGCCGUGAUACUGUCUCCCAUCCCGUCUCCUCCGACCAGCCACACCAGGGACACCGCCGCCAGCCAUCAUCCGCGGCGGGGCUGCGUGGGAAAAAUGGAUCCUGCUAUCGCGCAACAGAGUGGUAUGCUUAUGUGUUUACGUCAGCAUGGAGCCUACUGGCAUGAAGCACUGGAGCCAAGGAUCUACCCAGGAGACAUGAAUGAUUUUGGUGUCCAUGUUCACAUCCCUUGACCAGGAUAAUCUACUGAAGACAUGUUGUUUCAAGAUGAAGAUUGAUACCAGCCUGACUAUGCCCCAGCUUCCAGAGACCCUGUCCCAAGCAGGCCUUCAGUUCACUGUGGCCACUGAGGAGGACUUUGAUGAGAUCAUGGCUAUGAGCCAGGACAUCUAUGGGGGCCUUGACUACCUGCCCACUAGAUACACCAGCUGGCUGCAGGAAGCUAACCGCACAGUCAUAUUGGCCCGUAAACAGGGGAAAGUGAUUGCUCUAGAGUCUGUGUGUGUGAUUGAUGAUGGGGAGACAAUGCUGGUGGAAGGUCUCCGUGUUGCCCCUCAGGAAAGGGGCAAGGGUGUGGCAGGUGUUCUGCUGCGCUUUUGCUCUGAGCUGGUCAAAUCCAAGUACCCAGAGGUCAAAAUAACCCGUUUGACCCGUGAUGAUCAGCUUGGACCCAAGGAUUUCCAGAAGUAUCGCAUCAUAACCAAGCAGGGUAUUCUGCUAGUGCGCUUCAGAGCUGAAGACCUCAAGCUUCGUCUGUCUGAGCUUGGUCUGGAUGGGGACAUCCAAUCCACUUUGUCUACCUCCUCCAACUCUUCUCCAGUGCGUCUCGACCAUACAGCUAUUCAUCGGCUAUAUCUGACCACUGACCUGAUGCAGGAGGUCCUUCCUAAUGCCACCAUCAUUCAAGACUGGCAGCCAUUCAAGCUAUUGCCCAGCAACAUGGCCAUUCUACUGAAGAAGGACAUUGACUGGAUGGUGGAUGAUCUGUCCAACCCUACUGUGGCCAGCCUCUGUACCUUCCCAUUCAGGGUUCCCAUUGGAGAUGACUGGUAUUACCUGAACAUUGACUUGUUUGGUAAAGACUUGGACCUGGCUCGGCAGCAGUUCUUGUGCCACUUGCAGCGCCACACCAGCACCCUGAAUGGUCACGUGAUGUGCCAGAUGUUCCUGGAUCCAUUGCUCUGGAAGCCCAUGGUGGAAUUCUGCCAUAACACCUUGAAUGUGGAGCUGGUGAAGGAAUACACUGAGCAAUGCGUGGUGGAGUCAGAUGUCAUCUAGUUAAGGAAGGUUGAUGGAAAAGAGUAGAAGAUGAAGGAGACAGAAAGGAAUGAAGGGUCCAGACAACAAAGAAUGGACACAACUAAAUUAGGCUUAACAGAAAAAAACCUCUGUAUUGAGGAUGUAGAAACCAAGCAAACAAAAUGUAGUUUCAAGGCCAACUUGUACGCAUCCAAUUUAACAAUACACAAAAAAAUACAGGUUGUGGACAUUAAAUCAUGAACACAUCAUGUAAUCAGCUACAAUAAGUCUGUGACAAAUAGUACAUUUGUAAGCAUUGGUAUCAGAGAUGUGUUGAUGCAACUUUACAGUCAUUUUUAAGUAUCAUCUGAAAGGCCAUAGAUUUGCAGUUUUGCAGUUAUUUUUUACAUUAUUGUAGCUUAAAAUAUUACUAUUAAUAUUUAGUGUCCGUAAAAAUCACAAAGAGGGGGACUAAAUGGAUACCUUUUAGUAGUAAUUUUUA